GUGGGAAAUGUACUGCGGCAUUUCUGUUUUUCUGCUAAUUGUUUAAUAUAAGAAUGGUGUUACAGCGCAUUGUGAAAGCCAAAACACAGGCAGGGAAGCGUUACUUACAGCGAAGAGAAGCCAAAAUCCAUGAAAAUGUGAAGUCUGCCAUGCUGAUUCGUGGGGGCAACACUAGUCAGACAGUGACUCAAGCCAUGAAAGAGAUUCAUUUACUGAAAAAGCCAUAUGCCUCCUUGUUUAAAAGGAAGAAUCCGUUGAAACCAUUUGAAGAUCAAACAUCAAUAGAAUUUUUCUCAGACAGGAAUGAUGCUUCACUGUUUCUGUUUGGUUCACAUUCAAAGAAGAGACCGCAUAAUUUAGUGAUCGGCAGACUGUUUGACUACCACAUUCUGGAUAUGGUGGAGUUGGGAAUAGAUAAAUUCACAUCAAUGAGUGAUUUUAAGGUUGCAAAGUGUGCCCAGGGUGCAAAACCAUGUUUGGUGUUCGCGGGAGAACCCUUUGAGCAAGACCAUGAAUAUCAGAGGAUAAAGAAUUUAUUUAUUGACUUUUUCAGAGGUCCUGUUGUACAGAAGCUGCGACUUGCUGGACUGGAACACGUAAUUUCCUUCACUGCGGCAGAGGGGAAAAUAUUCAUGAGGACCUACAGAACUCACCUGUUGAAGUCCGGUUCUCGCACCCCGCGGGUCGAGGUGGAGGAGAUGGGACCAUCCAUGGACUUCAGUGUGCGCAGAACUAAGCUAGCUUCUGAUGACCUCUUCAAGCGAGCCACAAGGCAACCCAAACAGGCUAAGCCUAAAAAGAGAAAGAAUGUUUCACAUGAUCCAUUCGGGACUAAAAUGGGCAGGAUUCACAUGGAGAAACAAGACAUGGAUAAAUUACAGCUACGCAAGAUGAAAGCUUUGAAGAGGAAGUCAAAAUCAGAGGAAGGGGAUACAACUCUGUCCUCUCCCAAAAAAUCCAAGGACAAUGAAAAUGUGCAGGGAGAAGUCAGUGACUGAACAAAGAUCAGCAAAGAUUAGUGAUUUGUUUGCUGCGGGACAAACAAACCUAUGUGACGAGACAAACCAAUGUGACGGGAUAGACAGACCAA